AUGAAAUUCACCCUCACAGCCCUCGCGCUCCCCCUGCUCGCCACAGCAGCCCCAGCACCCCCCGCCAACCCCCCAUUCACAGUAAUGGCCGCCCGCUCCGCGAGCCCAAUCCACUACCUACAACUAAACGCGGCAGGCCAAAAGUUCUGGCUCGGCGGCACCACAGCCAGCUACUGCCCAAGCCAAGUAAAGGACUGCCCAGCCGGCAACCAAACCGUCUUCGCGCCAGGCGGCACAUCAAUGGACACAGAAGUACCCGGCGGACAGCAGGUGUACAUCGACCCGAACGGCGCGUUGAGCUUCACUCAGGCUCAUUCUGCCAAUAUCCCCGCUGGGUCUUCGUACGGGCCGUUUGUUUAUGAGGCGGGCGAGCCUUGGUCGCAUUACUUUUACCGGGGUUGGGGGGCUAGUGGAUUUAUGGCAUGUCCGACUGAGGAUAACCGUUGGCAGGUUUUUGGGGCUUUGGCUAAUGCUACUGUUCCUAAGGGGGAUGUUAAUGAGUGUCUUGGAUUUUCGGCUAUGGCGAUUACUUAUGAGGGGGAUGUUCCUGCGUGGCAGUAUAUCUAG